GGACCUUGCUACGAUGGUGCCGAAAAAGUUGGCCGGCAAACGAAGUGCGGGGCAGUCUUUACCCAGCCUCCAACCCGCCGACUGGAAAACUGCUAGCAGCAGUCGAUCAAAUAAUCCGGGUCCUAUCCGAGUGGGCAGGGGAUAUGCUGAAUAUGAGAUUGAGAAAUUGAUUGACCGGAUAGUUCUCAAUGAGGAUACCUUUUACCGUGUUCGAUGGCGCGGAUACAGCCAUGAAUAUGAUUGGUGGUACCAUAUCAACGACUUAGAUAACGCUAAAGACCUCGUUGAUGAAUAUGAGCGGAAUCUUAAAGAAAGGAUGACGUAGGAACGGGAAGGAACAUGACGGUAUAGUGCGAUUGACGACUUGAAAUUUCAAGGUCAUUGGUGGAACUAGAACAUUAUGUAUGGUAGAUUCCACCCGAAAAUCGUGAAUAUUCCUAGACGAAUGAGG